AUGUCUUCCUCUAUAUCGGUACGUAUACCAGAUUGUAAAUUAGGUACUGUUCGUGUUGAUCGAACAGUCGAUAUUUAUCCGACUCCAUUAACAAAUAAUGAAAUUAUUUGUAAUGCAAAAUCAUAUGUUCCUCAAUUGGUAUUACAACGACAAUUAACAACAUUACCAAAGGAAAUUGCUCUUGAAGAUUCUACUGACGAAGGUAAUUUUAUUCCAAGAACAAAAUGGAAUCAUCCUGAUGAUGAUAAUGAUGGUGAUGAUGAUGAUGAAUCUGAUAUUGCUGUUAUUUAUUCAAUUGUACGAUGUGCAUCAACUCGUCGAGCAUCAAUACCAGGAUUAUCAGCUUUGCCACUACUAUCAACAAAUGUGAACAUUCCUCAACCAUAUACCGCUAAAAGUUAUACAUUAGAACAACCAUUAACUCCUAUCGUAACUCAUAUAUCAAAGCAAGCACAAAUAAAAACAUUAACAUCGACACAUAUGACAACGCUGACUCCGACAUCAUCAUCAUCAUCACCACCAGCAACGCCACCACCACCACCAGCAACGCCACCACCACCACCAGCUAGUUCACAACUAACAUUACCAAAUCGUAGUAUUCAAACAUCAACUUCAUUUACAUCACAUGAUCGACCAUCAAUACCAUCCAUUGCUAUAAAACCUCGUCCAUAUUCAUUUCGAAGUACAGGACGUAAUGCUAUUGAACGACAAAUCUCACAUAUAACAGAACGUGUAACACAAUUACAUGAUACAUUUUUUUCACGUUUAUCACAUCCACCUAAUCAACCACGAAAUCGUUCAUUAUCAACUUUUCAUUCAACAAUAACUAAUUUUAAUAUAAAUGAUUCUAAUAUAUUAAAUAAUCGAUUGAUUAGACCUCGACCGAAAUCAGAAACAUAUGAGGAUCAUCAUCGUGUAAAUACAGCUGGUUCUUAUGCUCAAUUAACUCUUCUUGGUCAAUCAAAAGCAAAUCCAAUAUUUCAAACACAAAAAUCCGUUUCCAAUGAAUCACAAAAUGAUCGAGUACAAUUUCGUACACAAACUUCAACUCCUGAACGAUCAAAUAAUACCAUUCAUUCACAUUCAACACCAAAUGUACUUGAUGCUAAAAAAGCACGAGAUAUCUAUGAUAAAGUUUUUAAACAAUUUGAAAUGGCAAAAAAAGAACUUGAUCGACAACGAUCAAAAGGUCUUAAUCAUAAUCCAGCACGAAUAUCUCAACUUGAAAGUCAAUUACGUCAAUAUGAACACCAAUUAAAUGAUAUUAAACGUCGUUUAGAAUUUAUUGAGCCAAUUAAUGAUCCAACACCAAAUAAAAAUGAUGAACAUUCGAUUAAUCGUUCUAAUACAUUUAUUGAACCAUCAACUACAAAUCGAGCAAAUACUCUACCUCAUGGCAUAAGUGGUCACAAGAAACAGAAUUCAUUACCUGAAUCAGCAGUAUUUCAAGUAAUGACAGGAGGUUCAUCAUCAACUAAUGUUAAUUCUCCAUUACAUCAUAUUAAACGUAAAUUUCAAAGUGGAAAAACUGAGGCAUACGAUCUUGUAAAGAAUUCGGAAUCAUUAAUGAAUAUUUCGGGAGAAGAUUCAUAUAAAUCUCGUGAACCAAAUGAAAUUGACGAUGAUAUUGUUCAUAUUAAUUCAUCAAAUGUUCAAUCAAUAUCAUCAUUUGAUGAUAUUCAACAAUUAAUCAAUACAUCUAAUUGGAUACCAUUAACUAUUUUUCUUAAUUUUUUACUUACUGAUACGCACAGUGAUCCAAGUCAUUUGUUAUUCUAUAUAUUAACUGAAGAAUUACGUACAAGAAAAGCAGAAAAUCGAAGUGAAUUAAUUCGGUGGAUAUUUGAAAUUCAUUCGACAUUUACAAUGAAUGGCAGUCCUUUAUUUAUUGGCCUUCCCCAACCACAAAUCGAAGCUAUUAAUCGAUGGUUAAAUGUUCAUCAACAAGAUACUAAUGAAGAUGUUAAACUUAUAUUUCAUCAAGCAAAAGAUUAUGCAAAAUCUGUUAUAGUCGAUCGAGAGAUUCCUGAUUUUAAUCAUAAACGAACACCCACCCAUAAUGAUUUAAUAUCAAAACAAAAUCAUUUUAUUGAAGAAACUUUACGACCAAUAUUUGAAUAUCAUUAUAAAUCAUCUUCAACUGAUGAUUGGAAUAGUAUAAAAAAUGCACGAAGUCUUGCAUUAUUAUGUUCAUUAGCAACAUAUUUAAAACGUUGUGAUAUUAAAAAAUGUGGAAACAUUCCAUUAGAAAAAAUUCCGAAAUUUCUCGAUAGAGAACAAAAACGUCUAUUAGCAAAAUUACAACGAACAACACCAAUAAAAAAAAUUAAAGAUCAUCAAUUAAAUGAACAUCAAUUUUCAAGUGAAACAUUAUGUCAAGUUUGUUAUAAACCGUUAUGGGGAAUUAAUUAUCAAGGAUAUCUAUGUGGAUAUUGUCAACAAGCCUAUCAUCGUGAAUGUGCAUUAAACAGUGAGAAAUGUUCAAAAGAUCGAGCUAAACUUCGAAAAGUUUCUAAUAAUCGUAAUGCAUCAAGAUCAUAUUCAUUUGAUAAUCUAACGCAAAAUUUCUAUAUCAUAUCGAAUCCAUCUACACCUCAACAACGAGGUUUUAUGCGACGUACAAUGGGUGGGAGUAGUACUCUGUUUAAUGGAAUAAUGAUGGAUUUAAACGGUCCAUCGAGAACUAGAAGUCUAAUUGAAGGACGCGAGGGCAGUGUUCCGAAUGAUACCAAUGAAAAUACACCUGGUUCAACUGAAGGAAUUGAUCCUGAAGGAAAUAUAUCAGCAGUUGAACAAAAUAAAUAUCCAACUGUUGGCCGCUGUUCUAGUGAUCGUCGAGCAGCACCUGAUCGACCAACUGCACCUAAAAAUCGUUCUAGCAGUAAUCCACAAAUGGGUGGAAAUACAAUUGAUGAAAUACUUAGUCAUCGUGCUGAUAGUGAUAUUAUUAAUCAUCAAGACUUAACAAAUCAAACUACAAAUCCUUCAGAUUUACUAACUCAACAAGCAGCCGAUGGUGAUAGUGAUCUUGAAGCCGAUGUAAAUACGUUACCAAAUUUAAGUGAAUUUAUUCCUUCGGAUGUUCUACAAAUUCUAUAUCAAACACGAGAAUGGAAAUUUCAAACAACUAUCAAUGAAUUAAUUCAUACACAACGUACACAUUUAAAAAGUUUAAAAAUUAUGCAAAAAUGUUUUCGUGAACCAAUGUUACGUUCUUCCGGUAUGAGUCCAGUUGAACUUGAUUGUAUAUUUCGAAAUCUUGAUCAACUUAUACAUUUACAUACUCAAUUUAAAUAUGCUCUAUUUCAACAUCGCGAAGAAGCUAAAGAUCAUGUUGUUCGAAAUAUUGGUGAUUUAAUUCUUAAAUUUCUUGAUGGAGAUAAUGGUGAAGAAUUUGCACGUGCAUGUGCAUAUUUUAUUGAAGAUCAAUCUCAAGCUAUAAAAUUAAUCAAAAAGAAAGAACAAUCACCAGAUUUUGCUGCACUUAUGCGGACAUGUGAAGCUAAUCCAUUAUGUCGUCGUUUAACAUUAAAAGAUUAUUUACCAUCUGUAAUGACACGUUUCACCAAAUAUAAAAUGUUAUUUGAAGCAAUGAAAAAAUUCGUUUCAGAAGAUCCAAUUGAAUCAGAAAAAUUAACUAAAUGUAUUGAUUGUUCAGAUUAUAUAUUAAAACGUAUGAAUGAAGCACGUUUAAAAAAAGAACAAGAAGCAUUAUUAAAACAAAUUAAAUCGAAUCUUGAUAUACAAAUACCAAAUGAUCAAAAAUUACAAAAUCUUCAAGAUUGUCUUGAAGUUACAAAUCAUCGUUUACUUUAUUCGGGUACAUUGAAAUUAUUACCAGAUUUAACAUCACAAAAAACUGAAUUUGAAUGUUGUCUGUUUACGGAUAUCUUCGUAUUCUUUCAAAAAAUACCCAUACAACCAUCAGAACAACGUGGUAUUGAAGAAUCCUAUAAAUAUAUUUUAAAAGAACAUCAACGUGAUGCGAAUAGUGGACGAAAUCAAAGAUUACGUGCAUCUGGGAAUGCGACAAAAUAUACAGCAGCACAAAAUUUUAUUCUAUCACCUAUUAUUUCACUUGAAUUUUUAUUGAUAAAGAAAAAAGCAUGCGGAGGUACUCGUUCGUUUUAUGUUAUUGAUACUGAUAAAAAACAAUUAAUUGAAGUCGAAGCUAAUUCAAAAGAUGAUCUUGAAAAAUGGUUAGAAAUGAUUGAAAAAGCUCGAAGACCAUUUGAAAAAGGAAAACAAAUUACAACUUCUUUAGAUGAAAAGCAUACAAAUUCAUCAUCAUCACCAUCAUCGUCUACAAUUCGAUCAACAAUUAUUGAAGAAGAAUCAACUAGUCAAUUGAUUGAAGCCAAUGAAAAAGAAUCAGCAGAAUCGAUAUUAAAUUCAAUUAUACCUAUUGAUAAAGAAUUAAAACGUUUAUUACAUGAAAAACAAAUGCUUCUCUCACGUCUUCUGAACAUUCCUCAAGAAUCAUCUAUCUCUCCUCUACAUUCAAUAAAACCAAAUUCAGCAUUGGAAGCAAUUACAUAUGCAUCUAGUUAUUAUAAUCAAAUGAUGAAAAUAAUUAGUCAAACACACAGUGAAAUAAACAAAAGUAUUGAUGCACAAUCGAUUUCAACAUUAUUAAUACAACUUGGUGAACAGUUAACAUUAGCUUUAAAAUUAUUAAGUCAAAAUACAAAAAAUACAGAUAACGAAAAUACAUUAGUACGAAGAAAUAGUACAUCAUUUACUGUAACUCCAACAAUGAAUGGUGGUCAACCACAAAUAUAUUCUGAUUUAUCUCUCUCAUCUCAAUCACUUGGUUCAGUUAUAAAUCAAUUUCCACCACAAUCAUCAAUAACGGAUUUAGAUGAAGCUGUUAAAUCACCACCAAUAGAACAAUUACAUGUUGAACGUUAUGAUGAAGGAGUAUUUGAUGAUGGUGUUGAAAGUCAAACUGAAGAAGAAGAAAAUAAUAGUGUUGUUAUUGCUGAUAGUGAUGAUGAAGAUGAAGUUGAACAUUUUGAUUCAAACGAUUCUAUUACAACAAACGUUGAUAAUAAUCAACAACAACAACAAUUCAAUGAGAAUUAUUUAGCAGAUACAAAAAAUAAUCAAAAUGGUGAAAAAAAUUCAAGUAAUACUUCAAUAGACAAUCAAACACUUAAUUUAUGUCGGCUAUGA